GAUUUCGAGGAUCUGUUUAGGGGCUUUACGGGUGGUGCUGCUGGUGGGGCACGCAGAUCUGGGAGACAAGGGGGGUUCCAGCAGGAGGUCCUGGUAGGGGAUAAUAUCGAUGUGCAGACUACGAUCAGCUUCAUGGAGGCUGCAAAGGGGACGACCAAGAGUAUAUCUAUCACGCCGUUGGUUACGUGUAAGACGUGUUCGGGCAAUGGGCUGAAGCCGGGCACGAAAAAGAACGAGUGUAAAAGUUGUGGGGGGACAGGGACGCGCGUGGUUAAUAUGGGAGGCGGCUUUCAGAUGGCGACUACGUGUACGGGUUGUUCUGGAAGCGGAGUCACAGUCCCCAAGGGCUCAGAGUGCAAAUCAUGUUCUGGGAAUGGGGUCAUUCAUGCGAAGAAAUCGAUUAAUGUAGAUAUCCCCGGGGGUAUUGAGGAUGGGAUGCGGCUGAGGUUGGAUCGAGAGGGAGACGCGCCCGUUACUGGAAAGUCCGCGAAUCCAGGUGCGAAUUCCGUUCCGGGAGAUCUCUACGUUCUCGUCAGGGUGGCUACGGAUCCCAAAUUCAGCCGCUCAGGAUCCGAUGUCUUGUACACGGCUACGAUUCCCGUCACCACGGCUAUGCUAGGAGGCGAAGUCAGCAUCCCCACUCUAGAUGGAGAAGUCAAGGUCAAAAUCGCCACAGGCACAGCCACUGGCGACAGAAUCACCCUAUCCGGAAUGGGCAUGAAGAAGCUGCAAGGCCGCAGAACAGGCUCCGGAGACCUGAAAGUAGAAUUCAAAGUCGCCAUGCCGAAAUACCUCAACACGAACCAACGGACCAUCCUCGAGAUGCUAGCCGAUGAGCUGAACGACAAGACAGCCAAGCGAGUGAUGAACGUUGGGAAGAAAGAUGACGACCAUUCGAAAAAAGAGGGAUUCCUCAAAUCCGUCUGGCACAAACUCACAGAUGACGGUAGUGGUGCCAAGGAAGCGGUCGAGGACGCUAUGAAGAACGCUUCGGAAAAGAAGAGCUCAGCGUCUGACACGCGCUCGGCGGACGAUAAGACGGGGGAGAAGAAGCCGUAG